CCAACUCUCAUAUCUCCCCAAACGUCUCUCUCUCGCGAUGGCGCCAGCUUCUUCGAAAACGAAUCCUCCGAGGCCGAGAAAGAGGGUGGAAGUCGAGACGGGUUCGCUCAAACGCGCCAAGGAUGGGAGCGCUUUCACCAAAUGUGAUGAAUGUAAUAAAGAUGUACCCGUUGGGCUUAUUGAUAUGCAUAGCUGCAGCCUUGACUCCAAAAUCAAGAUGAAUCUGGAGGCUCAGGUUGUAGAAAAGGUCGCCGACGUUAAAAAGCCAGCAGAAAAGAAGAAAGCAGUGUCGUCAGAGCCAAAGCCCAAAAAGGGUAAAAAGGAGAAGAAAGUGAAGGAUCCCAACAAGCCCAAGCGUCCUCCAACUGCCUUCUUCCUCUUCAUGGAUGAUUUUAGGAAAACAUACAAAGAGGCUAAUCCUGAUUCAAAGAGUGUUUCUGUGGUUGCAAAGGAAGGUGGUGAGAAAUGGAAAUCAAUGACAGAUGAAGAAAAGAAGCCCUACCUAGAGAAGGUGGCAGAGCUCAAGGCAGAGUAUGAGAAGGCUUUGGAAAAAUUCAAUGCAGGAAGUGAAGAAGAACAAGGAGCUUCAGAGAAAGAGGAGUGAUGGCUACUUCUGCUAAAUGCAAUUUAUUGCUUUGAUGCCGAACUCUUGUGAAUGUUCAAUGCUGUCCAAGCAGACAACUGGUUUUGUGAAUGGAAUUUUGUUUGAAUUCAAAAAAAUGAUUUCCUGCAGUACAAUUUCUGCCA